GAUUGCGUUCAAUUUGUCAAUAUAUUUCGUUGACUUUUAGUAAAAAAUUGUACGCGCUAGGAAAAACAUCAUUAAAAACAAUUGGAAUAUAACUUGAAUAUUGGCCUAAAGGCGAAUAACGAAGAGUGUGAAGACAAUAAGAAAUACGUAUAUAGAUAUAAGUGAAGAAGAAGCAAUAGAAAACGGGGGUAACACACACAAAUAAAAACGCAGCAAAGAAGAAUUGCAGAAAGAAGUAAAACGAAACGAUUUCUAGUUGUGUUCGUGUAAUAAGGAAAAAAUUUCGCUGUCGAGUUAAAAUUUGUAAAAAUUGUUAAUUUCAUUGUUGAAAAGCGUAAAAGCGCUAUAAUAAUAAAAGGAAAAUGUCAACACCCGCACGCAGACGUCUUAUGAGAGAUUUUAAAAGACUUCAAGAAGAUCCACCAACUGGAGUUUCUGGAGCGCCAACAGAUAACAAUAUUAUGAUUUGGAAUGCUGUGAUUUUUGGUCCUCACGACACCCCAUUCGAAGACGGUACCUUUAAAUUAACAAUAGAAUUUACGGAAGAGUAUCCAAAUAAACCGCCAACGGUUAGAUUCGUAUCGAAAGUAUUUCAUCCGAAUGUGUAUGCAGAUGGUGGAAUUUGUUUGGACAUCUUGCAAAACCGAUGGAGUCCCACAUAUGAUGUCUCAGCAAUUCUUACAUCUAUACAAUCUCUAUUGAGUGACCCGAAUCCCAAUUCACCAGCUAAUUCCACAGCUGCUCAGCUCUAUAAAGAGAAUCGUCGCGAGUAUGAGAAGCGAGUGAAAGCUUGUGUUGAGCAAAGUUUCAUCGACUAGCCAUCCGCCACAGCAGCUCCAACACGCAAAUCAACUGCAGCUGCUAGUGCAGUAGGAAGAGGAACUGCAACUGCAGCAUCUACAAUGUUUUAUUGAAAUAAAAUUCGAAGAAAAAAAAAUUAAAAUAUUAAAAUUUAAAAUACAUAUAUAUAAUACAUAAUAUACAAUACAUAAAAACAAAAAUCAUACACAUUCGCACAUCUUUUUCAGUCGUGUAAGUUGCGUUGCUAAAUUGCAAUUAAAAGAAACUCAUCAAAUAAAGAUGUAAUUGCACUCAUGGCAGCAAAAAUACAAAAAUACAAACUAUGAAUAAAAGUGGCAAGCUCGAAAUGAAGAACUCAUUAAGAUAUUCGUAAAAGUAGCAAUGUAAUUGCUAUGUGCAACCCUUUAAUGACCGAUUGACAUGAAGAAUUUGUCGUUAACGAUUCAAUGUUAAAUCGAUAUUGCGGUUGAAGGAAAAACAUACGAUUAGUGUUGAAAAGCGAAAUGUUGUUUCGUCGUGCUUCACAUCUUCAGAAAUAAAUAGAAUUUGUAGAAGAAAACAAUAUAUUAACAAAUAAAAAUCAAUUACAUUAAUAUGUGUAUGUACCUUAAUGAAA